UCGUUCUUCCGGGUGUUUCUGACAGGGCUUUCUACGCCGCUUUUUUUUCCGGCGACUUUUUGGUCUUCCGUCUCUUGCCACCGCCCCCGAGCUCCCACACCCUUGCUGGCCCAGCCUUUUCUUGUGUCGCUCCUCCCUGGCCGCCGAGCCCGGGACUUAGCUCACAAUCCGGAUCCGGACCCGGGCCUAGCCAUUCCGCUAGCCACUGUCUCCUUUGGCUUGAGCGAAAGCUAGGACCGAGCACGCCGGGCCGUCGCUGCCCCGGCCCUUGGAGCUCCUGGGCGGGCGGUGCCGAUAGGCCCUGCUCAGCCUGUCCCCGAGGACACUUUCUAGGACCCAAAGAGGAAGAUUGUCUUGGGACCCUGCAUGGUGUUUCAAAGGGUAGUGAAGAACUAAGGUAGAAGAAUACAUGUUCACUUUUAGUGAACAAGAGCAUGUUCCCAAACUCAAUUUUGGGUCGCCCGCCUUUCACUCCGAACCAUCAACAACAUAAUAACUUCUUCACCCUGUCACCAAGCCUUUAUUCACACCAGCAGCUUAUAGAUGCACAGUUCAACUUUCAGAAUACAGACUUGUCCAGAGCUGUGUCAUUACAGCAGUUGACAUAUGGAAAUGUCAGUCCAAUACAGACCUCAACUUCCCCGUUAUUUCGAGGAAGGAAGAGAUUAAGUGAUGAAAAAAAUCUUCCACUUGAUGGUAAACGGCAACGUUUUCACUCACCCCACCAAGAGCCAACUAUAGUUAACCACAUAGUGCCUUUAUCAGGUGAUAGAAGAUACUCAAUGCCGCCAUUGUUUCAUACACACUAUGUACCAGAUGUAGUCAGAUGUGUUCCACCUUUUCAAGAAAUACCAUUUUUAGAACCUCGAGAAAUCACACUGCCUGAGGCCAAAGAUAAGUUGAGUCAGCAGAUACUGGAGUUAUUUGAAUCCUGUCAGCAGCAAGUAAGUGAUUUAAAGAAGAAAGAACUCUGUCGAACAGAGCUGCAGAGAGAAAUUCAGCUGUUAUUUCCACAAAGCAGGCUUUUUUUAGUUGGGUCCUCUUUAAAUGGAUUUGGUACUCGGAGCAGUGAUGGUGAUUUAUGCCUAGUUGUUAAAGAAGAACCAUAUUUUUUUCAGGUAAAUCAGAAGACUGAAGCACGGCAUAUACUCACCUUAGUCCAUAAACACUUCUGUACUAGACUUUCUGGUUACAUUGAGAGACCUCAGCUGAUUCGAGCUAAAGUGCCAAUUGUGAAGUUCAGGGAUAAAGUCAGUUGUGUGGAGUUCGACUUGAAUGUAAACAAUGUUGUUGGAAUAAGAAACACAUUCCUUCUCAGAACUUAUGCAUACCUUGAAAAUCGAGUUCGUCCGUUAGUACUGGUGAUUAAGAAGUGGGCGAGUCACCAUGAAAUAAAUGAUGCCAGUCGUGGUACUUUAAGCAGCUAUAGUCUUGUAUUGAUGGUUUUGCACUAUUUACAAACCCUACCUGAACCCAUCCUUCCAUCCAUCCAAAAAAUUUACCCAGAAUCUUUUAGUCCUGCUAUACAGCUGCACCUCGUACAUCAAGCUCCAUGUAAUGUUCCUCCUUACCUCUCAAAGAAUGAAUCAAAUCUUGGGGACCUCUUACUGGGCUUUCUUAAAUAUUAUGCUACAGAAUUUGACUGGAAUAGUCAAAUGAUUUCAGUUCGUGAAGCCAAAGCCAUUCCCAGGCCUGAUGGUAUUGAAUGGAGAAAUAAAUACAUCUGUGUAGAAGAACCUUUUGAUGGAACAAAUACAGCCAGAGCUGUGCAUGAAAAGCAGAAGUUUGACAUGAUCAAGGAUCAAUUUUUAAAGUCAUGGCAAAGAUUGAAAAACAAACGAGAUUUGAACAGUAUACUACCUUUAAGAGCUGCUAUCCUGAAAAGAUAACUGGCCUCUAUUUCUUAAUAAAGAACAGUGGUAACAUCAUAAAGCAUUUUGUUUACCUUCAUCAUGGUUUCUUUUUAAUUGUUCUUCUUGUUUUCAUGUUUUAUUCUUAAGAGGACAUACUUAUAUAAAGAGUGCAUAUUUUAUUAUGACAGUUCCUAAUAAAAGCUUUUGAUUUAAAGAUGUAUUUUUGAAAAUGUUUACAUUGACGAUUAGUAAUAUUAUAGCAUGAAUUUUUCAGGAGAUCAGAUAAAAUAUUUUUGGGGGAAUUAUCUAAACAAAUAAAAGGUUUUUGAUAUAACUUUAAUUAAUUGUACCUUGUACCAUAUGCUAAUCCUGAAGAAAUAAUGCAGACUUUUUUUUAAAAGAGUCUGAUUCAUACAUACUGAAAGUAUAACUUACAGUAGAUAGUUUGUUGCCUAAGUUUGUUCUAGUAAAGUGAAGAUUCAAGUCAGUUAUUCAGUUACUUGAAACAAAAUGAAAUCUUUUAUUUCAGUGAAAUCAGAGAAAUACCGGACAAUUGCCUUAAGUCUUCACUUGACUCAUCAGGAUAGAAUGAGGCUUUGGUCAUGUCUGUAUUGGAAUUUCAUUAGUACCUCACAUGCUUUUUGGUGUACUCAAGAUUGCUUUAUAUUUUGUGUUGAAUCAAUAGUACAUUUUGCACUGUAGUAACAUGAGCACUAACUCUGUGUUGUACAGCAGUUAGGGAUUUGUUUUAAAGACUCAGUCCAGUGUAGGCAUUUUGAAAAGAUUAAGUGCUCUGUGCUUUAUGAUAGCUUAGUGCAAUAUGCACUUUUGCUUUACUUCCCAUUUUCCUGCUUCUAUUUUCCCUGUGACAUGAAGCAGCAGAAACUGAAAGAUCAAAGUUGAGAUUAUGUCCUAUUGAUGGUAUCAGAGUUUUUUCUGCAUACAAUCAUAGGCUUAUAAUCUAAACUGGAAUUUUAAGACAGUAAGCCACUAUAAAAUGUUUUAGGUAAGACAUAACAAAAUUAUUAUAAAUAAAAGCUUAAUGUUUGUAAAGAUAUCUUUUUUAGUAUUUCUUUUCCACAUGAAGAAAUAGUGGUGGCUGCUAAAAAAGCUACAGUGUUUAUUAAGAUCAUUUUUGGUUUAUGUAAAUAUUUGUAAAUUGGUCAGUGCCUGUAAAUUUAAAUAUAAAUAAUCUUAAAAACAAUUUAAACUUUUUCAAAAAAACUGUGUACAACCUCUUUUAGACCUGCUGUAGCACAGUUUGUACCUCUAAUGUUUUUGCAGACCAAUUCAAAUGCUAUAAGACUUUUGCUUUUCUUUGACUUGUAAAAGGUGCAUAUUUUCAUUUUUUCUUUAAGUUUAAAUUUUUGUAUGAUCAAAUGGAAUAAAGUUUCUAUAUGGAAA